AACCCAACUAACCAACCAGCACAAUUCACUGAGCCUCAGACGCCCACAUUUUCCCUGAACUUCAAUGCUGCUGGUUUGUUUUAACAAAUCCAUUCUUACCUAUUUUCAACAAUUUCGUCGAACACGAACCUUGACGAAAAAGUUUCACCUUUAAUUCCCAUCCACAUUUCCGCAUUCCAUUCCUCAAAUCUUUAUCACUAUCGUCCCAUUCCGAGACCACUUAUCCUAAUCCUACUAUCUACAUUUCUUUCCUUUCAAUCCUAAUCUCGACGGUGAAGUAAAUUAAGACACAACUUGGAAUUGCCCCGUUACUCUUUUUAUCCUAUUGGCAAAAAUUCCGAUCGAGCCACUUUACACGAGUUCCUUACCAACCGCGACACGCCUAAUAAUGGCAUCUCGCAAUUCUUACUUUGGCGGUGGAGGUCAAGCCACGAGUGAGAAGAACGACAGUGGUGUUCAGCGACGUGGAACAGGCAAGGAGCGUAACACACGAUCAAGCGAGGGAACCGUCAGCACAGUUAUGAGCGCGUCUACGGGCAGAGAAUCGUCGGCAACCCACAUGACGGAGGCACCGGCCUACUCCAAGAAGAUCGUGGUGGUUGGUGAUGGUGGUUGCGGCAAGACAUGUCUGUUGAUUAGCUACAGCCAAGGCUAUUUCCCUGAGAAAUACGUGCCCACCGUCUUCGAGAACUACAUCACCUAUCCGACCCACCAGCCCAGUGGUAAGACCGUCGAGCUUGCAUUAUGGGACACAGCUGGACAAGAAGAGUACGACAGACUCCGACCAUUAUCGUACCCCGAGACCGAUCUCAUCUUCGUCUGCUUUGCUAUUGACUGCCCCAACUCGCUUGACAACGUCUUAGACAAGUGGUAUCCUGAGGUCCUCCACUUCUGUCCUUACACACCUCUUAUCCUCGUCGGCCUCAAAUCAGAUCUACGAAGCAACAAGGCUUGUGUCAACCUGCUGAAUGCUCAAGGUCUUACACCCGUUACUACCGAGCAAGGCGCGGGCAUUGCCGAGAAGAUGGGUGCACAGUAUAUGGAGUGCAGCAGCAAGGAGAUGACUGGUGUUGAUGAGAUCUUCGACCGAGCGAUCCAGACGGUGGUAGCCAACGACCGACGUAACCUCGAGGUUGCUAUGGCUGCCGCCCCCACCUCGAUGCCCGGUCCUACCUCCUCUGGCGGUAAACACAGCAGCGAUAAGAUCCCCGGUCUCCGCGCUUUUAAGAAGAAGAAGCGGAACUGUAACUUCCUGUGAAUGUCCCUACCGAGGCUCCAGUCCUGGAACUGUAUGGCUUACGAGAGCCAACCUCCUACGGAGAUAUCGAGAUGGAUGGAUGAGAGAGAAACAAACUUACUAAUGACCUCUUACAUGACAACAUUUUCCUUUCUCGACGACUACACUUUUUCUUGCUCUACUCUCACGACCUCGGACAGGGAAGGUUGGGAUUCACCGUUUUGUUGCUUUUCUCCCAAAAAGAGAGAUAUCUUGCAUUUCAAGACGUUGAUGUGCGUGGCGUUCCCGCGAGUCCCUUUUUUUUCUCUCUUGCAACCUUCGUAUAAGGGUCUAAUGAUUAGGAUCAUGGAAGGGCACUUGGUGUUUGUCCAUCUAUUUUGUUUUUUUGCCUCGGACCUGGCUCACACCUGGCUUGGCUCGGCUCGGCUUGGCUCUACCUCGCCCGCCCACACCACCUCACGAUAGCUAAUGGUUACGCAAAGUUGUUUUUAUUUCUCGGACGAAAGAUAAUGAAGAACACGCUUGCUCCCGUUUCGCCUGGAAAAUUACCGCCGCCGAUGAGAAGAAAGAGAUGAGACGACCUUGGAAUGGUUUACUGGAAACAAGUGAAGAAGUGAAGUUACGUGUACCAAUCAUGCGUCUGUUUACGAAAGGGAGGAUCUUGUCCCUCCUCCUUUUGCUGUACGAAUUCUAGUUUCUGCUCUUGGCACUGCUUGCCCCGUUAUCCUUCAUGGCAUGGGAUAGGAAAUUCAGAAAUUCAUGACACU